CGGCUUGACUCUUUACCCCACUAUCAUCCCCUGACUGACUAGCCAACGUGUUCUUAGACAAAAACAAAUUUUUAAAGCAAUUCAUCCAUCUAACUUUUCAUCAACACUACAGCAACAAUUAUUCAUUUCUCAAUUUUUUCUUCACAGCAAAACAGAUCUAAUUUCGAGCUUUAAUCAGUCAAUUGUUCAAUCAUUCAAUUUUCUAUUGGAUUAAUUCACAUCUGCAAGCUUCGAUCCGCUUCAUCGAUGGCAGGCGCCGCCUCGGCGCUUUUUCUUCUGGAUAUCAAAGGCCGUGUCCUGAUUUGGCGCGAUUAUCGCGGUGAUGUCUCCGCCGUUCAGGCCGAGCGCUUCUUCACCAAGCUUAUCGAGAAAGAGGGAGAUCCUCAGUCACAGGAUCCAGUGGUAUAUGACAAUGGAGUGACUUAUAUGUUUAUACAACACAGCAAUAUUUACUUAAUGAGUGCAUCUAGGCAGAAUUGCAAUGCAGCUAGCAUUCUUCUCUUUCUCCACCGCCUUGUUGAUGUCUUUAAGCAUUACUUUGAAGAGCUAGAAGAGGAAUCUCUGAGAGAUAACUUUGUGGUUGUGUAUGAGCUGCUCGAUGAAAUUAUGGACUUUGGCUUCCCUCAAUUUACUGAAGCAAAGAUUCUUAGUGAGUUUAUCAAGACUGAUGCUUAUAGGAUGGAAGUUACUCAGCGACCUCCCAUGGCUGUAACCAAUGCUGUGUCUUGGCGUAGCGAAGGGAUACGUUACAAAAAGAAUGAAGUGUUUUUAGAUGUGGUGGAGAGUGUCAAUAUACUUGUCAACAGCAAUGGGCAAAUAAUACGCUCGGAUGUUGUUGGGGCACUAAAGAUGAGAACUUAUUUGAGUGGCAUGCCUGAAUGUAAGCUCGGCCUAAAUGAUAGAGUGCUUCUGGAGGCUCAAGGUCGAGCAACAAAAGGGAAAGCUAUUGAUCUGGAUGAUAUCAAGUUUCAUCAGUGUGUACGUUUAGCCAGAUUUGAAAAUGAUCGGACAAUAUCCUUCAUACCACCAGAUGGAGCUUUUGAUUUGAUGACAUAUAGGCUUAGCACUCAGGUAAAACCUCUCAUUUGGGUGGAAGCUCAAGUUGAAAGGCAUUCCAGAAGUAGAAUUGAAUUCAUGGUGAAAGCUAGGAGCCAGUUCAAGGAGCGCAGCACUGCAACUAAUGUUGAAAUUGAAUUGCCUGUGCCAUCCGAUGCCACAAAUCCUAAUAUUCGGUCAUCCAUGGGUUCUGCUACAUAUGCCCCUGAAAAUGAUGCUUUGGUCUGGAAAAUCAAAUCUUUUCCUGGUAAUAAGGAGUAUAUGUUGAGGGCAGAAUUUAAACUUCCCAGUAUUACAGCUGAAGAAGCAACGCCCGAGAGAAAAGCUCCCAUUCGUGUGAAGUUUGAGAUACCAUAUUUUACUGUCUCUGGAAUCCAGGUUCGCUACCUGAAGAUCAUUGAGAAAAGUGGAUAUCAAGCUCUACCAUGGGUCAGAUACAUAACCAUGGCUGGCGAAUAUGAGUUGAGACUAAUCUAAGAGCCGGUUGAUUGGAUUCUCUUCCAAUCACGUGAUAUAAGCCUGGGUGUGGAACUGUAGUCUGAUUAUGCUGAUUCCGAAGUAUAGGAGGCUUCUCCCAAAUUUUGGUAUCUUAUCAGGGUUUCCUUGUUAAGGUGUUACUCUCAUAUGUUUCUUUAUGCUUUUCUUUUUUUAUAUAAAUAUUUUGUUUUGAUGUAACAACUGUCAUCAAGGGUCACAUUGUCACCAAAGAAAUUUGUGCAGCUAUAUUCUGUUGCGAUCAACACAUGUAGUUUUUCUGGUCUUGUUAAACAGUUAUAGAUUUCAAAUGUAUAAUAUGUUCGGACGAAUUCUGAGUGA